AAUCACUAAUUCUUUCACACAGAGGAUAAAAACGCACAGUGCACCAAUCUCUUAAUGCAUCUAAAUAUGACGUGGCUUUAGACGCUGCAUCGGCAGAUGGCCGAACGAUUAGUACCAUUUCAGCCGGAAGUGUAUACGUAUUUAUUUUAGUUCACAUUUUAAUGAGAAAUGGAAGAUCAAUUAGAGCAAAUAAAACAAGAUGUUUUUCAACAAGUAUCUUUACUGAAAAAGAAAAUAUACGAAGAAGAAACUGUCAAAUUUCGACAAUUAACAUCCUCCACUCGAAAGCCAAGCUCUACAGAAGAAGAUUUUUCAGAUAAGGAAUAUUCAUGGCAUGAAAUGCGUAAAAUAUGUAAAAUAUCACAACGUAUAACUGGAAUUAAAUUUAAGAAUUCUACAAAAAAUUGGAUUAAGGAUAAGAUUUAUAAAUAUACAACUAGUGUAGAUUCUAAAACUAUUAACUUUUAUUUAGAGUUAACCGUGGAUUUAAAAAAUAAUCCUGAUUUUGAAAUAGUUGAUAUAACUUGUCAUUUUUUAAAUCUUCAAUCUUGUUAUUUGACAGAAAUAACAUCAUGGGUUCAAUCUUUUUCGAAGUUAAAAAAUUUAUCCUUUCUUAUGUCUGGAAUAUCCGAUUAUAGUUAUUGCAAUCGUUUUCGUCAGAAAGUUAUUACAUCCUUAAAAGAAAAUAAUUAUGCUAAUAUUUAUGAACGCGAAUAUGAAGGUGGUGGAAUUUUGUUAGAUAUUAAAUCACCAAAGAAUCCAAACCAUAUAUAUCUAAAAUAUCUAUGGACAUUAAAUUAUGUUGAAAGAACCUGUCGUAUAGAUCAUCAUUUUAUAAUAACUGCUACAGAUUUUGGCGUGGAAUUUGUUGAAGAAAAUACUCCAUUAAUUAAAAAAUUUUGCAAGCUAAAUCUCAAGAAGCAAGAUUUAGUUGAACUAUGGGCAGAAUUAUGUACUGCUAUUGAAAUUUACGAAGAUCAGAAUAUGUAAAAUAUAUAAUAUUUAAUCCUUUUAAUUGAAAUUUUAUUAUUUAUAAGGCAUCUUUAUCAUCCUCUAAUAUCCCUCAUUCACAUUUAUUCAUUGUAUAAUCCUAUGUAAUAAAAAUAUAUAAUAAGAACGUGUUAAAUAAAAUAAAGUAACAAUAAAAAAAUCUGAAUCGGA